UCCCGUGGAGCGAAUUUAACCCGGAAGAGGGCGAAGUCUCCUGAGUUGGGAGUUGGCUGGAACCGGAAUCCAGACUCAGUGCGACCAGAACCCUAGACCAGAAAUCGAGACCACCACCCGAACCGGGAGCACGAGGACCGACACGAGACUCGAAUCCGCGGAGGCUGAGACGUAGCGCGAUUCACAGUUCGACAAACUUCAGGGCGAGUGAGGCAUUAGCCGCCAACAGCUAACAGUUAGCUGACCGGGAAGUGAGUGCAGCGGAAGAAGGGCGCGAGCUACAGGUGUGAUUCCUUCCAAGGAUUCGGACAGUAGAAGAAGAAAAGAUGAGUGGCGGCAUGAACAGCAUCGAGGCGGUGAAGAAAAAGAUCAAAGUCCUGCAGGAGCAGGCCGAGGAGGCCGAGGAGCGGGCAGAGCGACUGCAGAGGGAGGUGGAGAAGGAGAAGAGGAGCCGGGAGGAGGCGGAGGCCGAGGUCACGUCUCUGGGUCGGCGUCUGCAGCUCAGCGAGGAGAACCUGGACCGCACUCAGGAGAGGCUCGCCGCCGCGCUGCACAAGCUGGACGAGGUUGAGAAGGUAGCUGACGAGAGCGAGAGGGGGAUGAAGGUGAUCGAGAACAGAGCUCUGAAGGACGAGGAGAAGAUGGAGCUGCUGGAGGUGCAGCUGAGGGAGGCCAAAACCAUCGCUGAGGAGGCGGACCGCAAGUACGAGGAGGUGGCUCGUAAACUGGUGAUGGUGGAAGGAGAGCUGGAGCGAGCUGAAGAACGAGCGGAGCAGGCCGAGAGCAAGACCCGGGUGUUGGAGGAGGAGCUGAAAACUGUGUUCACAAGUGCAAAGUCUCUGGAGGCCCAAGCCGACAAGUACUCUCAGAAGGAGGACAGGUAUGAGGAGGAGAUCAAGAGCCUGCGCAACAGACUGAAGGAGGCUGAGACCAGAGCUGAGUUUGCCGAGCGCUCGGUGGCCAAACUGGAGAAAACCAUCGAUGGUCUGGAAGAUGCUUUGACUUCUGCCAAGAACGCAAACCUGGAGCUCCAGGCGACCCUGAACCAGACCAUGGAGGAGCUCAACUCCUGCUGAACCUCUGGCUCCGCCUCACCUGACGUGGAUGUCAGGAAACUCUGUGGCCAAAAUAUUCCUCUUCCCUUUCUUCCUCUGGCUCAACCCCUUUUGCCACUGGCCCCUCCCCUUUUCUCUGCUUGCUGGAGGUCAGAAACUAGAUCCUCUGAUCCUGCUAUGACAGCGGUGAGAGGAGCGUGGGAGAUAUUUCCUCUCCAAUCUGGCUCCUCCCCUCACCUUUGGCUCCUCCCCCUCUUUUCUCACAUUCCUACUUUGAACUUUUUCUGCACAGUUUGCUUUGCCUCCACCCCAGUCAUGUUUUUGUCUAUGGGAGUAAUGAGUGACUAACAGCCCCGCCCCUCGUUAACUAAUGACUAAUGGCGUGUUUGUCUUAACGGUUUGUCGUUCCUGCUUUAGUUCACUUUGCCACAAUAAAUAUUGAUGACUGAUUGAUUAAAGCCAAUCUUCUGUUAGCCAA